AUGCAUCAUCCAGACGAUGGUAUGGAAGAAUCUUUCCUGGAGCAUCCUACAUUCGACAGUGAAGGACAGAAUCCCUUCAAUUUCUCGGUUCUCGCCGAGUACCAAGCAGCUAGUGCAGCUUUGCAACAGACCGUGGUUGAUAACCCGGAACGAUUUUUCAAGAAGAAGUUUGGAAACAGUGAGCUGAUAUGCUUUUGUCAGAAUGACGAGGACAAGAUUGUCCUGACAAAAGAGUUGCUUCCCAAGUUGGUCAGCUUCUAUCACAAGUCCAUGGCACAUGUCGAAGGCAUGGAUCGUUUAGAACAAACGAUCAAGACACAUUUCUACCAUAGAGGUACUCGCGACGAAGUUCGAAAACAAAUUGAGCAGUGCAAAGCAUGUGCGAAGAACAAACGAGCACGACGUGCUUAUGGAGAAUCUGCUCCACGUGAUGCUACGGCGAUGCCCUGGCAGGAAGUCCAUUGUGACACAAUCGGUCCGUGGACGAUUGAGUUACGACAACGGACGUUGACUUUCAACGCCAUGACUAUGGUGGAUCCUUGCACAAACUUGUUAGAGAUUGUGCCUAUUAUGCGACGAACGUCGGAAGAAGGUGCUCGAGUGGUCGAAGAUACGUGGUUUGCUCGGUAUCCCCGACCUAAGAAAGUGGUCACAGACAACGGUCCGGAGUUCAAACUGGAAUUCAUCAAGAUGGUGAAAAAGAACGGUGCGGUGCAUCGGUACUCGACCCCUCGUAAUCCACAAGUAUUGCGAACCAUUGUGGUUUCGCACGAUCCCAAGAGUGUGGCUGAUGGGAUCAAGGUCAUUUCCGAAACCUUGGCGACAGCGAUGCAUGCUCAUCGUUGUUCCGUGCAGAGUACGAACGCGUAUCUCACUCCUGGUGCUCUUGCCUUCAAACGAGAUAUGUUUCUUGACAUUCCUAUUUAUGCAGACAUCAUGGCCGUCUCCUAUGACUACGCGGUCGAUAAUCUGGUCUACAAGCGUGCGUAUCUCGGUCUCAGUGAUAAGUUGAAGCCUACGGCUUCUGGUCCCUACCGAGUUUCCCGCGUACAUACCAAUGGCAAUGUAACGAUUCAGCUCAGUCCCCAUCAGUUUGAGCACCUGAACAUUCGGCGUGUGUUUCCAAAGCACAUCUAA